GUGCGACUCUGUAUGUUAUUUCUCAUACACACGCGCUGUCGCUACCCUUUGCACCGCAACAUCUCGGAGCCGCCUCGGACGUCAUUACGCUUCUUGGAUUGAGGCAUCGCGAGAAUAACCGUUGCGAUGUGUUUUGGUCUCGGCGAUGAAUACCGUCCUCCAGUACCAAGAUACCGGAAGACGACAAGAUACCCCAGACGGUACUCGCCGUCUCCUCCCCCGGUGAGACGGAUUGAACGAACAUACAUACGACGAGCUCCGAGUCCGUUGCCCCCGCCACCUCCAGCAGCAUCAAUUCCACCUCCGCCUCCUUCAGUCUGGCCACCAUCGAAGGCACCCAGUGCAGCUCCGCCGCCGACGGCUCCACCAAGUAAGCCGCCGAGCGCUGCGCCGAGCAAGCCUCCAACGGCCGCUCCUGAUCCACCUCCCGAGCCCUCGGCUCCAGGCUCGAAAGCACCCUCAAAAGCGCCUACUGCUCCUCCAUCCAAAGCCCCAACCGCUGCACCGUCUAAGGCGCCGUCGAAAGCUCCAAGCGCAGCUCCCGAUCCACCACCGUCUAAAGCGCCUUCUAAAGCUCCGACUGCCGCUCCAUCCAAGGCACCUUCAGCAGCUGGCUCGAAAGCGCCUACCGAGAAGCCUCCUUCCAAAGCACCGUCAGCAGCUGGCUCGAAGGCUUUGACCAAGGCAAACUAUAUCGAAGUGAAUGAAGAGGAGCCUGCUAGUGGUGGAUCAAGUUCAAGUGAUGCCAGGUCUCAGUCAACUCGGCGUACGUCUGUCUCAUCAAGGAGGACAAGCGCACCUCCCGCAUCUGAGUACUCAAUGCAUGAGAAGGAACGUGAGAUAAGGCGCUACUCCAAGCCUCCACCCAGGAGUGACUGGGAAACCUUCCGAUAUGUCGACGCACCUGCACCGCCGCCUGUGAGAGAGUUCAGCAGGGCCAGGAGCGUGGGCAGGCGCCGGGAUGACUAUGGUCCACGAGACAGCUGGGAACGAGAUAUCAAAAUCUCAAUCAAUCGACGAUGAAUGAAUAUCAUCACCAUUCAGAAUGUGACAAGGAGCUGGGAUGAUGUCCUUGCUCCAUGAUGGGCGGAAUUUGCAUUGCAUUUUGACAUUCUGUUGCCGUUUCUUUUGCAUAAGACAGGCAUUGAGUGCUAUUAGGCAUCCCUGGCACUUACAAGCGAGGAGUUAUAGCGAGAUCUAUGACCAAGGUAGAUGACUGCACGGCCUUAAUCGUGUAUAUUCUUUAUCAUUUCCACACUCUCGUGACGGCUGCAGUCCGCCCUGCAAUAUGUAGCAAAUCUCGAAGGCGCGAGUCAGGACUC